GCUGAAGGCGAGGCAAUGCCAGGCCCAGGUGUGCAGCCAAGGCCCUCAGACAGGCCAGGGGGCGGGGCGCUCUUCUCGGCCUCCCAGCCUGCCCGUCCCAGGCCUGGCUCCAGUGGGGUCCACCACCUGAGCUCCCCUGGGGGUGGACCCUCCCCGGUGCGCCACGGUCCCCUCCCGCCCCCGAGCUACAGUGCCCCACUCAACUGCAACAACAACAACGGCAUGGGCGCCGCCCCGAAGCCUUUCCUGGGGGGCUCGGGGCCCCCCAUCAAGGCAGAGCCCAAGGCUCCCUAUGCCCCAGGCACCCUGCCGGACUCGCCCCCAGACUCGGGCUCCGAGGCCUACUCCCCGCAGCAGGUGAACGACCCCCAUCUCCUACGCACAAUAACCCCUGAGACGCUGUGCCACGUGGGGGUGCCCUCCCGCCUGGAGCACCCACCCCAACCUCCAGCCCACCUGCCAGGCCCCCCGCCGCCCCCGCCGCCCCCACCUCACUACCCUGUCCUGCAGCGGGACCUGUACAUGAAGGCCGAACCCCCAAUCCCGCCGUAUGCUGCCAUGGGGCCGGGUCUGGUGCCUGCGGAUCUCCACCACACCCAGCAGUCCCAGAUGCUGCAGCACCUGCUGCAGCAGCACGGAGCUGAGCUCCCCACACACCCCUCCAAGAAGAGGAAGCACUCAGAUUCGCCCCCCAACACCCUCAAUGCCCAGAUGCUGAAUGGGAUGAUCAAACAGGAGCCUGGGACCGUGACAGCGCUGCCCCCACACCCUGUGCGAGCCCCUUCCCCACCCUGGCCUCCCCAGGGCCCACUCUCCCCAGGCCCCGGCUCCUUGCCGCUCAGCAUUGCCCGGGUCCAGACACCGCCGUGGCACCCUCCAGGUGCACCCUCACCAGGUCUCCUGCAGGACAAUGAUAGUCUCAGUGGCUCCUACCUGGACCCCAACUACCAGUCCAUCAAGUGGCAGCCCCAUCAGCAGAACAAGUGGGCCACACUGUACGAUGCCAACUACAAGGAGCUGCCUAUGCUCACCUACCGUGUGGACGCUGACAAGGGCUUCAACUUUUCGGUGGGGGACGACGCCUUCGUGUGCCAGAAGAAGAACCACUUCCAGGUGACGGUGUACAUCGGCAUGCUGGGGGAGCCCAAGUACGUCAAGACGCCCGAGGGCCUCAAGCCCCUCGACUGCUUCUACCUGAAGCUGCAUGGAGUGAAGUUGGAGGCCCUGAACCAGUCUAUCAACAUUGAACAGUCUCAGUCAGACCGAAGCAAGCGGCCCUUCAACCCUGUCACGGUCAAUCUGCCUCCUGAGCAGGUCACAAAGGUGACUGUGGGACGGCUGCACUUCAGUGAGACCACUGCCAACAACAUGCGCAAGAAGGGCAAGCCCAACCCUGACCAGAGGUACUUCAUGCUGGUGGUGGCCCUUCAGGCUCAUGCACAGAACCAGAACUACACGCUGGCUGCCCAGAUCUCAGAGCGCAUCAUCGUGAGGGCCUCCAACCCAGGUCAGUUUGAGAGCGACAGUGAUGUGCUGUGGCAGCGGGCGCAGGUGCCCGACACUGUCUUCCACCAUGGUCGUGUGGGCAUCAACACCGACAGGCCUGACGAGGCUCUGGUUGUGCAUGGCAACGUCAAGGUCAUGGGCUCCCUCAUGCACCCCUCGGACUUGCGGGCCAAGGAGCACGUGCAGGAGGUGGACACCACCGAGCAGCUGAAGAGGAUCUCGCGCAUGCGGCUGGUGCACUACAGAUACAAGCCCGAGUUCGCGGCCAGCGCGGGCAUCGAGUCCACCACGCCAGAGACGGGUGUCAUCGCUCAGGAGGUGAAGGAGAUCCUGCCCGAGGCUGUGAAGGACACGGGAGAUGUGGUCUUUGCCAACGGGAAAACCAUAGAGAACUUCCUGGUGGUGAACAAGGAGCGCAUCUUCAUGGAGAACGUGGGGGCCGUGAAGGAGCUCUGCAAGCUGACGGACAACCUGGAGACGCGCAUCGACGAGCUGGAGCGCUGGAGCCACAAGCUGGCCAAACUACGGCGCCUCGACAGCCUCAAGUCCACUGGCAGCUCGGGGGCCUUCAGCCACGCAGGGAGCCAGUUUAGCCGGGCAGGCAGCGUUCCUCACAAGAAGAGGCCCCCCAAGGUGGCCAGCAAGUCGUCAUCAGUGGUGCCAGACCAGGCCUGCAUCAGCCAGCGCUUCCUGCAGGGAACUAUCAUUGCCCUGGUGGUGGUCAUGGCCUUCAGCGUGGUAUCCAUGUCCACACUGUAUGUGCUGAGCCUGCGCACCGAGGAAGACCUGGUGGAUACUGAUGGCUCUUUUGCCGUGUCUACUUCCUGUCUCCUGGCCUUGCUCCGGCCCCAGCACCCUGGGGGGAGUGAGGCCAUGUGCCCAUGCAGGUCCAGCCAGAGUUUUGGAACCACUCAGCUCCGACAGUCCCCUGUGACCACUGGGUUGCCAGGCACACAGCCCUCUUUGCUGCUGGUUACGACCAGCCUGAUCAGCUCGGCCCCAGGUCCAGCUAUCCGCACCUUGGACCUGUGCUCCAGCCACCCCUGCCCUGUCGUCUGCUGCUCUUCACCCGCCUCCAGCCCUGCCUCAGACUCUAGUCUUGACUCCAGUUUUAACCCUGGCCAUAGUCCCACCCCCAGACCUAGCCCCAGUCCCAGCACUAACCACUCAGGCCCCAGCCAGAUGGCCCAGUUGCCAGUCACCAACAUCAGAGCCAAGUCUUGGAGUAUUUCAGCCAAUGGCAUUGGCCACUCCAAACAUUCCAAGGGCAUGGAACCUGUGGCCAGCCCUGCAGUUCCCUUCCCUGGGGGGCAGAGUAAGGCCAAGAACAGCCCCAGUCUUGGACUCCAUGGCCGGGCCCGCAGAGGAGCCCCCCAGACCAGCCUGGGCCCUGCUCAGCCCACUCACAGCCAGCCAGCAGCCCCUCUCCUUGCAGACCCAGUGCCCUCCCUGACCUCCAUCCAGGUGCUGGAGAACUCGAUGUCCAUCACCUCCCAGUACUGCGCUCCACAGGGUGCCUGCAGGCCUGGAAACUUCACCUACCACAUUCCUGUCAGUAGCAGUACCCCACUCCACCUCAGCCUGACCCUGCAGAUGAACUCCUCUUCCCCUGUGUCGGUGGUGCUGUGCAGCCUGAUGACAAAGGAAAAGCCGUGUGAGGAGGGGUCGCUCCCGCAGAUUCUCCCUACCCAUCAGGACACCCAGGGCACCUCUCACCAGUGGCCCGUAACCAUACUGUCCUUCCGUGAAUUCACCUACCAUUUCCGGGUGGCACUGCUGGGUCAGGCCAACUGCAGCUCGGAGGCCCUCAUCCAGCCAGCCACAGACUACUACUUCCACUUCUACCGCCUGUGUGACUGAGCUGCCUCCUGGGGCAGUGCCACACCAGGGAUUUGGGGUCCUUAGACCCCUUCCACACUGGGUGCAACGAAUGGUGUUCCACCAUUGGAGCCUGCUGCCUCCCAGCUCUCUGCCAAUUCACUGGCCUCCCUGAGCCUGGGGAAACUGGAAGUCUUCGCACUGGAGCUGCUGCUCCUACUGGUCACCCUCACGUGGCAUGGAGGGAGCCGGGGACAAGACUUCCUGGGCGUUCCUGCCUACCACCUCCUGGUGGCAGGAUUCACAUUUGUCCAGAUGUGGUUCAGAUACAGAGGCUGGCUUCAGGGGCCCUGCCUUGCCCAGAGCCCACUCUCCCCUGCCUCUCCCCUGCCCCUCCCUUUUGAGACAGGGAGUUGCUGCUCUUGGAGACAGCUGCCAGGGGCUUGGAUCCAGCCCUUCAAGAUCUGACUGGACCCCAGGAGUCAAUAGGACAGACGGAUCUCCCCCUUGAUGCUGCUCCCUGGGGGAUGGCUUUGUAGUGGACUUUUUGGGGUAUGACUGUUACACUGGACUUGGACUUCUAAGCUUUAAGUGUAGCCCAGGAGGUAUUUCUUCCUGGGAGAGCUUGGCUGCCGAGAACUUCCUGGGCAGCUGAGGCCAGCCCUGGAUGGGCUGGAGAGACUUGAUUUUGUGCCUUAAACCUACUGAGUGCCUGAGGAAGCGACCCUCAGCCCUCCACAGUCUAAACCACUGGGGGCCAGCAGGCCAGAUAAACCUGGAGUAUCUGGAAGGGGAGGUUCCCUGUGAACCCCCACACCCUGUGAUCCCAGGAACUUACACCGUGGUGUCAGUGACUCCAUCCUCCCCCCCCCCCCCCCCCGCAACCCCAGCAGAGGAGCAGGAAUCCCUGCAAGCAUUGGGCUGGUGGGCAGAUGCAAAUAACUUUGGCUGUUAUUAAUGAAAUAAUUACUAAAUGCACUUAAGCCAGGCCAGGAAGGAGUGGAAGGACGGAGCUAGAAAGUUCAGAGUGGGCCAGAGCCCUGGAGUGACACUUGCAAAGAAAGAGGGGUCCUGAUUCUGAUCCUUCCCAGGAGGCUCAGAGACACCCACCCCACUUCCAACCACCAAAUUUUGGCUUCUCCCCCAGUUUGUGGGUAGCUUUCUCUCCCCAUAUUAAAGGCGCCCUUGCUGUGCUUGGUCAAGAUGGAGGUAUGCAUGCUCAGCAAACCCCAUCUCUGGCUUCCUCUCCCAGGAGUGAUACAGUGGGUUUGAGUUAAGGAAGAUGUCAGCUUCUCUUCAUGGUGUCUGCAGCAUUCUGGGGUCACAUGCAGGCUCAUGAAAGGAAUGUGGCAGUCAUUUGGCCAUGUCUACCAUUGUCCAGAAACAGGAAAGGGAACUGCCGUCCUUGCCCUGUGCAAUUCCAUCACUUCUUUGGAAACCAGGCCUUACCCCUAUCCUACCUCUCAGCUCUGAACAGGAGGCUUUUCUGUUGGGGAACUGAGUUCUAGAAGCCAAUGAACUGCAGACCCCCUUCUGCCAUGGAUCUGAAGCACUUAUCCACAGGGUAGGGAAGCACUAGGGGACUCAGGGAUUGCAGGAUACCUUGCCUCCAACUCCCUCCCCAGUUUGGCUCUACUCCCUGAUUCCAACAUAGGAGCUAUAUGACUCCCCAUGCCAUGCCAGGGGUCAAGCCCUGCUUAGUUCUACUGGGUUCCUCUUCCCACAGGGGACACCUCCUUACAGUGCCUUAAAACUGCCAAGCCCACUCCUUGGGGCUUCUUGGGGGGGGGGGGGGGAUCGUUCUUGGACUGCAGCACCAGUCCUUAACUGGAAAGUGACCCUCCACUGCCCCCGGAGUCUGUCGGACAUAGCAUAGCCCCCCAGUCCCACUGGCAGCUGGCCCUGUUUCCAUGCCUGGAAGGAGUCCUCAGUGCCAGGGUGGGGGCUUGGGCUCCAAGCUGCUUGAGGGGGUCAACCUUGGACCAAAGCUACCUUAAGCCCAAGGUAUAAAAGGGCUCCAAGGAAGGUGAGUGGGCCACCUGCCAGAGGCUGGCUGGCCCUCCCCAGGCUCCAGCAGGCCCAUCUCUCCCUUCCUCUCUCCUCUCUGGUAUUUGUUCCUGUAGCCACUGGGCUAUUCCCCUCUAGCUUCAAGCUGUACAUAUGGCCUCCCAGCACAGAACCCCUGCCCACACCAUUGCCCCUUAGCAGCCUGCAUGUGCAUAGAGCGUCCCCUCCCCAGUUAACUCCGAGUCCUAUCCCUGGGCUCUGACUUAUAUUUAUCAUAUACCCACUGACUGAGGUAGGCAGAGGGAAGCCACCCUAGGCCUGCUUGCUUCUUGUCCUCCAAACUGUCCUUUCUUCCAAAUAUACAUAUAUAAAUAAAUGUAUAAAUACCGCUUUGUAUCUGA